UAAGGUACAGCUUUGGAUCUGGUCUUCUUUAGCCAUCCCUUAAAUAAGUGCCUGUUGCUCUCUUCCUCUCUACAUUCCAAUCCACCACAAAAGAAAGAAAACUCACGUACACAAAAACCGGUUCAAGAAAAUACCUCAAAGUGCAGAAGAAGAAGAUAAUAGCUCUGUGAUGAGAUGUUGAGUCCAUUGAUCUGUGGCAGUUUUAAUCAUCAACAAGAAGAGGAUGAUCGUGAUUCUUUGAGUAGUAACAGCCCCUGUUCGACUCCAAGAAAAUCAAGAAAGAGCAACAAAGAUAGCAAGAACCCAUAUUCAACUCGCGGCCUAGACAAGUUCUCUGCACUUCUAGCUGAACUUGAAGAAAAAAGGCAAAAAAUAUAUUCCCAAGUUGGCUCUCAAGACAUAUCUUUUGUUCGUUUCGUGUAUUCCAGCUCCAAUGAAGUUGUACCUAUAGUUGUUAAGUUAAAAGAUCAAAACAAGGCCAAGGAUGAGAUUAAAGACAAGCCAAGAACUAGUAGUGCUUCAGAAACUUCGGAUAAACUCCCGGUUGAGGCAUCAACAGCUGCUGAUGACCAACAAACCAAUGAGCAACCAAGAGUACAAAUAGAUAAAAAGACAGAAGACAAGAAGAAGGUGACAUGGAACUUGAAGUUGAAUAAAUGGAGGAGGCCUUCUUUCUAUAUGCCAAUCUUUAUAAUAUUGAUUUUGUUGUUCUUGGCUUUCUUUGGAAGAUCAGUGGCAAUAUUAUGCACAUCUAUUGGGUGGUAUAUAGUCCCUACAUUGAGUUCAAAAAGACCAUCUCCAAAACUAGCAAAGAAGAAGCAACUCGUGAGAAGACUCAGUGAAAUUUCUCCUAGGACCAGGAAUAUUGAUGAUCCAAAGGGUAAAUCACCUCAUGGUCGUCAAAAUAGCUUCUGAAGAUGGCUUGAUUUCUUGUUUCUUCAAUUUUUUUGUUUUUUGUCUUUUUGGGAUUUAGGAUUUUUAUUUCUUUUGUUGACAGAUGUAAAAGGAAUUUUCAGUUUCCCAUGUUCGGAUGGAGUUGAAAUUUCAACCUCUUCCCCUUGACAUGUUCACAAGUGUAAAUUAUGGAAUGAAUUAGAUUUUAUCA